AUGUUUACAAAUUUCUCAAACACAAGUCAAGGCCUGAUAGAAUCAAAUCCCCGGCCGAAAACCAAUGGCUCCAACGUCAGUUGCCUACCAUGCCGACGAAAGAAGAAAAAAUGUGACUUAACAAAACCAAUAUGCGAGAGAUGUCGAAACAGCUAUGGUCAGGAUCGGUGUCUGUGGUCAGACGGGCAGAAACGGCAACGAGUUCGAAGUCGAGAAGCAACAUCAAGUCAAGAACCUGAGACCCGGCCUUCACCAAUUUCACCAAGCAGCUCUAGAAGCAGUUCCCUGAGCCUGUCGAGGCUCGAAACGACAACAGGACCAACCAGUAUUCCAGUCACUAGUUAUCCAAUGGAUCUGGGAUUCGAGAACUUCUGCUCUUGGAGUAUACCAGAAGUGGUGACUCAGAUAUCUCCUGACUUGUCCCCUCAAGGAUUCUUGAGCAUAUCCGCAGCCUUUCAGAAUCAGGUCCUCUGUCUCGAAAGCGACUAUAAGAAUUCGAUUGUCGUGAACAGCCUUCCUCUAGCUCUUGAGCAUCCGACUCUCCUACACGCUUGGGUUGCGUGCAGCAUCAUAGCACUAUCCCGCUCAAUGCCCUAUUGGCACGAGAAGGCCAUCAGGCACUAUGAUAGUGCUGUCAGUGGACUAAGUCAAGCCCUGCAAGACGAACCACGGACGAACGACAAGUGGAAAAGAGAAACAGUUCUGUUGUUACACUUGUUCGAGGGCUUCCAGUCAAAAGACGAAGAGUCUGCACUCGGUAAGGCCCAUCUGCGUGGAGCGCACGAGCUUUUCAUCCCUGCCGUCAAAGAAAAGUCUCCUGUCAGCUACCACGAGAUACUGGUACUGGAAGCUUAUAUCAUGCACACGACCAACAACCAUCUCUUCCAACCGGAUUCACAACUACCUAUUACACAUAUCACCCAGGCACUAGAAACAUUUACAUCGGCUUUGGAGCGGCUAAACAUGCAAUGCAAUUGGCGAAGUAGUCCUUGGAUCGGUUUCGGUGGCCCCGAUCUAGCAGACAUGGCCUACAGAGUUUCCUGGCUCACGCAUAAGCCAUGUCUGGACGACAACGAUCAUCGAGAAGUGGAGGAUCUAAUCGCACGCCUUUCAUCGUGGACCGCGCCAGCAUGCCAGGAAGAUGCCACAUCACCACACCUGGACUUACCACCGAAGCGUCUUGCUUUACUUGCCCGAGCUUAUUGGUGCGCAUGUUCAUAUCUCGCGGCGCAUCUUGCACAAGAGCAAAGCUGUAGUCUACCCUUCGAUGCCGACACUUUCGUGAUCGAAACCCUGCAGCUUCUAGACCAGCUUGUUGAGUAUGAACAUACGAUCAACAACCACUUAUGGCCAUUGGUUGUUAUCGGCACAGCAGCAAGAGAUCCAGCAGCUCAAGAGCAUAUCAGGUCGCUUCUGCCGCGAUUUCAAGAAGGUCUAGGACCUGCGUCUCUAAGAAGAGCCGAGAGGUUUCUGACAACCGCUUGGAAGCCUUCGAGUAUGCAAAGAAAACACCUAACGACCAAAGAACAGCAAAAACCAGCAACAUCAAUGAAAUUCGGACUGAGCUGUCAUUAA